AUGGAACAGUUAGUAGACAAAAUUCCUAAAUUAUCUUAUCAUUACUUUGGUUUCAAAAGAAUAGAUCAAACUACAAAAGAACUAGACAUUCAAGACGUGUUUACUCCAACUGAUUUGAAAAUAGUAAUGAAAUCUUGUUUCUUACUUAAUGAUGAAAAUUUGGCAUUACAUUAUUAUUCAGAAUAUAAACAAUUAAGAGAAUAUGGCUUGCUUGAAGGUUUUUUUUUAGAUUUAUGUAUUUCACACAAAGAUUGGAAAGCAUUGCAAAGAAAUUUUGAAGCAAUGUUUGAACAUGAGAAUUUACCACAAUCAAUUCAUUAUUCAAAAGCAAUGAAGGGUCUAUUUUGUUUGAAAGGGUAUUCUGAAAUUGAAAAAUUACAUGAACAAAUGAUGGAAAAUAAAAUCAAGACCUCAUAUGAAACAUAUUCAUUGUUAUUACUAAGUGCUGUUGAUCAGAACAACCAAGAAAAAGUUUUGAAACUCUUCGAUGAGUAUUUAACGUUGGUAAAACAAGAACUUGCAGAUAAAAAUAGUGUUCCAAAAUUGAUUCUGUUUAUUUUUCAAAUUCCUAUGUUGUUGAAAGAUUAUGAUCAGAUGUUUCAAUUGCUAAAAGAAUAUUCAAAGAAAGAAAUAGAGACACAAAUGGAGCUAUUGCCUACUGAGUUUUUGGCCAAAUUAUUAGUAUUUUUUAGUAAGGACUUACAAUUAGAGAAACAUCAAGCAUUACAAAAGAUGAUUAAAGAAUCAGGUAAAUUGGAUACAAAUAUAUACAUUGCAUUAAUUCAAAGUCAUACAAUUUUUGGUAAUUAUAGAUUAGCUGAUAAGUAUGCAUAUAAAGCACAUCAAAGUUCACCAAUUCCAUUUUCAAAUAAUAGAAUAUAUUUACAUCAAAUGAAAAAUUAUGCAAUUUGGGAUGCCAACUCUACAAAUCCACAAUCUAAGAAAUACUGUCAAGUUAAAUUAUCUUAUUUGAGUAUUAUGUUCAACAAGGCUAAGUAUUUAAUUUUUCAACAAUAUAGUCCACAAACUAAUGUUGAUUUAUUAGUCGAAAUACAAGAUUAUUUUUACAGAACAGAUAAUAUGGAUAAUAUAAAAGCUUUGGGAUUCAUUAAAGAUAUAAAUUUAAGAAGAUCAUUAAAUACGAAAGCUAAUUUAAUUAAUUUGAAAAGUGAUUUAUUACAAAAUCCAGAAUUGGAGUUUCGUUCAAAUAAAUCAAAUAAGAAUUUCUUUCCUGAGUUUGUGGUUAAUAAUAAGGAAUUGUUUGAGAAAAGGAGAAUACCAAUCAGUGCAAAAACAUCUUGUUUUAUUUUGAAGAAUUAUCUUUAUCUUAGCAAGCUUAGACUGUCUGAUUUGCAUUUUAAAAAACCAAAAGAAAUGUUGAUUGAAUUAUUCCAAAACUAUGGAAUUUCAUUGAAUGGAUUUACUGAAAUAUCAAUAAAUGCAAAAUUUGACUUUUUUGAGCAUUAUAUCAAUAUAUUUGAGAAUUUAGAAUUAUAUGUCAAUUAUGCUGGUGCAAGUAAGAAUCAAAGAGUUGCAAAUGAAGCCAUGAAGUAUUUCUUGAAUUUCACUAAACUGGUUCAAGCAAUUUAUCAUAAUAAAUUACCAUUUGAUUUGACAUUUGAGGUCAAUAAAGAAUUGAGAAAAAUAAGUAAACACAAUCAAAGGACGUAUUUAAAUUUGCUCAAUGAUGACUGUAACUUGUAUACAAUGUUAGUUGAAAGGUAUUGUAAAUCACAACCAAAAGAUAAAAAACCAACAUUACCACCAAAAUUAAAUAAAUAUGCUCAUGUAAUACUUGAAAAAUUUUUUUAUCAUUUAGACUAUGAAGGAAAAGUGGAUGAACAAACAGUGUUGCUAAUUUUUCAUCUUUUAAAAAGAGGCAUGAAAUUAUCAAAUGAUGAAUUGAAUGAAUUUAUUGGAAUAUUGUUAAAGAAAGGAACAAAUUAUUUAGCACAAAUAUUAGAUACUAUUGAAAAUGAUAUGAUUUUGAAUAAUACCAAAUAUCUUGAACUAUAUCAGCAGAAACGACAGUGCUACAUUACCUGCUUAAUUUAUUUACUCAAUAAUUCAGGAUACCAAUACGAGAAAAUAUAUCACAAGUAUCAAAUACUUAAUAGAUAUUAUGCAAUUUCCAAAGAAGAAUUAAGCAAGAUCAAUCAAGAUGCUCAAGCUAAUACCUGGGAUAAACAUCAUGCUGGUGAUUUUUUCAGAAGUAAAACUGGUAAAUUGUUUGACACAAAAUAUGAAAAUUAUAUGUUCAAAACCAUGAAUUCUUAUGGAUUUUUCAAUUUUUUCAAUCCUUUGAAAGAAAGUCAAUUUUUAAAUACUUAUGUCAGUUUUAGAAAUUUAGUAUUAUUGCAAAUUAGAUUGAAAAAUUUAUUUGUAUCUAAUCAAAAUGAUGUGCUUGAUAGUAACCCAUUAGAUUCAAAACAACCAUAUUUCAAAAACAAACAGAUCAAAGAUGCAUUGAAGAAAUUGAAAAUUAAAUAUCCAAAUACACUUGAAUAUUUCUUACUGUCAUGGAAGAUUGAUUAUUAUGGACGUAUGAAUGAUUACAUUAGUCAAGUUGAUUCAUUCAUGGCUGUAAAUGAAUAUAAAGAUAGUAAUAUGAUUGAAUAUUCAUCAAAGAAGUAUCUUAAAUCAUUAAUAGCACCUACUAAAGAGAGUCAUAACUUUUUCAUCACUGCUGACUCACAUAUAAACUCAUCAAUGGAACAAAAUCGUCUAUCAUACAAGAGAGCCAAAGAGGUAAAUGAUCGUGAAGAAAAGAAAUCAAAGUAUAGAGUUAAAAAACCUAAUGAAUAA